AGGAGCCUCUCCGGAACGAGCGAGCAGCAACCUAGCACCCAGAAAAAUGGCGGACAGUUUUUCGCUUAAUGAUGCUGUUUCUGGGUCUGGAAACCCAAACCCUCAAGGAUGGCCUGGUGCCUGGGGAAACCAGCCUGGUGGAACUGCCUAUCCUGGGGCCUACCCUGGACAGGCACCCCCUGGGGCCUACCCUGGACAGGCACCCCCUGGGGCCUAUCCUGGACAGGCACCCCCUGGGGCUUACCCUGGACAGGCACCCCCUGGAGCCUAUCCUGGACAGGCACCCCCUGGGGCCUACCCUGGAGCAACAGCACCUGCUUACCCUGGAUCAAAUACACCAGGUGCCUACCCUGGGCAGCCGGGCGGGCCAGGGGCCUACCCUCCUUCUGGACAGCCCAGUGCUCCUGGACAACCCGGCGCUCCUGGUGCUUACCCUGCUGCCGGUCCCUAUGGAACCCCAGCUGGGCCGCUGACUGUGCCCUAUGACCUGCCUCUGCCUGCAGGAGUCAUGCCUCGCAUGCUGAUAACCAUUAUGGGCACCGUCAAGCCCAAUGCAAACAGAAUUGCUUUAGAUUUCAAGAAAGGGAAUGACGUGGCCUUCCACUUUAACCCCCGCUUCAACGAGGACAACAGGAGAGUCAUUGUUUGCAACACAAAGAUGGAUAACAACUGGGGAAAGGAAGAGAGACAGUCGACUUUCCCUUUUGAAAGUGGUAAACCAUUCAAAAUCCAAGUACUGGUUGAAAACGACCACUUCAAGGUGGCUGUCAAUGAUGCUCACUUGCUGCAGUACAAUCAUCGGAUGAGAAACCUCAAUGAAAUCAACAAAUUGGGCAUUUCUGGUGACAUUGACCUCACCAGUGCUUCGCAUGCUAUGAUAUAAGCUUAAGGGAGUGAAUACUUAAAAACAUAAAACUUACACAUUUAAUGUUCACUGUGAGUGAAAUAUUGUAUGCUUAUCCAUUGAGAUUUUUCUUAUAAAUCAUCCAUUUAAUAAAUAUUCUUAUUCUG